UUGAAGACUCAAGACAACAUGGAAAAAACAACUGUGUUACUUAUCAUUUUGUCACUUUCAUUCACGUGGGCCUUAGCUGGCUUUGCUUCAAGUGAAAAUGACGAUGACUAUGGGACAUACAAAUUUGAUUAUGGAGUCGAAGACCUUCACACAGGUGACGUUAAAUCCCAUCAUGAGGUACGACUUGGCAAAGAAGUUAGUGGGGUUUAUACUGUGCGUGAACCUGAUGGUACUGUUCGAGUUGUCAAGUACACUGCCGGACCUCACAAGGGUUUUCAAGCCGAAGUUCAUAAAGUGAAACCUUCAGAUUUUGGUAGUACUUCCGGUACUUCUGAUAGUAGGUUUGGAGGUUUCAGUGGCCAAGGCUUAGGUCUUUUGGGUCAAAAUUCAUUACAAGGAGGCGCUAGUGAACAAGCAACUGUAGUACUAGUACCUAUUGGUCCUAAUCAAAACAAUAAUUAUUAAAAAUGCCAUAAUUACUUUUAUACAUUCCUAG